CUUCGUAGAUUAAUUCGGAAGUUCCUGCAUGUCAUACUUCAUAGUGACCACCUUGAUAUAAUAACAAUCAUGGCUGACUCGUUCAUCCAGACGGAACUACAUGAAUUGAGAAAGGAAUAUCAAAAAGAGCUUCCUGGUAGUGAGUUGAUAGCAUGUCACCCUGUAUCUGUCAGGGUAAAAAUGACGAAAACCGAGUACAGACAGUUUGAUGUGUGUCUGCAGUUUCCGGAGGGAUAUCCAAAUACAUCUAUAGUAGUGGAGCUGAAGAGUAAAACUAUUCCAGAAAAACUGCGAGAUGGUUUAACAAAAGUAUGUGAUACUGAAACGAAAAAAUUAUGUGGAAAACCACAGCUUUUACCCGUUUUAAGACUUCUUAAACAAUUUUUAGAUGACAAUCCAUUUGCAAUAUGUAGUGAAGAGCUAAGUUUUAUCAAAAAGGAACUAAUUACAGAAAAAGAUCAGAUCAAAGUGAAACAGAAAUCUGGCAGUAUCAGCAUGACAAUAUAUCAAGAUAAUUAUUACUUUUCGUUUAAAAUGAUUGUUCCGGAAGAAUAUCCAGCAAAACAAGUAUGUAUACAAAAAGUAGAUGAUAACUUCCCUAAAUUAUUCAGUACUGUGUUCUUCAAUCAAGCAAUUGAGAUGGCCAGACAGUGCGUGGAACCACCGUUGAAAAAGAAACCAAAGGAUGCUCCUUUUGAACCUAAACCAUCACUUAAACUUAUUGCAAAAUUUUUAGUAGAAGAUUGUAUUAGACGAUAUCCUAGAGAUCCGUGUCAAAUCUGUAAAGAUAACGCAUUUCCACCAGAUCCUAAGAGUGUCGUCACUGUUCCCAGUAAUGAUCGUUACAUUGAAAGAGUUUACUGUUGUCAUUUAUUCCAUCAUGGUUGCCUAGAUACGUUCAUGAAAACGCCACCAUUCACAGGAGGUAAGAAAUGCCCAGGAUGCAAACAAAGAAUAUAUCACGACAAAUGGAACAUCACGCCGAGGCUAGCCGAGGAAAGGUGGGCACAUCAAGAAGCUAAAAGAAGAGAACUUGCUGAAGUUGUGGACUUUUUGGAAUAGUAUGACUGAGAGUUUGACUCACAGCAGAACAAUGGUUGCAGAGG